GUUUGCCCCCAUUUUGAACCGCUCUUCACCCCGUGUUACCCGUGUCUGCUGUCGUUUAUGUCCAAUGAAGUACCAUGCCGAAUCGACGUCGACAACGCCACUGCUUCGCUCCGGGGUGCCAGACAGGCUAUCAAUGGCGGAAAGGUGAGCAGCCGUCGCUGUUCUCAGUACCCAAGGAGGAAGAACAAAGAAAACUUUGGGAACGGAACUUGCAUCGCAAGGAUAAGCUCCUCGACGAAACGUGUUCGGUGUGUGAGCUUCAUUUUGAGCCAUCGUUUACAACGCGAGACUACGUUCACGUUGUAAACGGAGAAGAGGUGCGCAUUCCGCGCGGAAAGCCGCAGCUCUUGCCUGGCGCUGUGCCGACGUUGCUGCCGAAUGCUCCGAGCUACCUGUCAAAGAAGACGUCGCAGCCGAGGCCCCCGAGAAAGCGAAAGAACGCCGAUGCUUCCUCAGUUGACGGUAAAAAAAAGCAAAACACUGCCUCUCCAACUGCCUGCAGCAGCACUGGCAGCACCACACCGGUUGCAGCCGAUACCGGGGCGUUUGAUGAAGCUGAUGAAGCCUGUAUGCCCGAAGAAUACUCCAAGCUGUGUGUCCCCUCCGAGUACUGGAACUGUCACCGAGUUCCGAGCCUCAGUGAGUAG